AUGGAUUCUUAUUCAUAUGCAGCUAUUUCUUCUUCUUCUUCUUCCUCUAAUUCUAUUCCAUAUCAACAAGAAGUAAAGAAAAACAAAGCAUUACCUUCAUACCAUUCCUCACUUCAUGGAGUUCGUAGGCUCCCAUUAAAACCAAUGACAAAACAACCAAUUGCACCGUUGCCACCAACACCUCCAAAAAUCUACCGAGUGGAACCUGUUAAUUUCAAGGAAGUUGUUCAAAUGCUCACUGUUGCACCUGAGUUUCAAUCUGUUUUCAAUAAUUCGAGCUCUGAUUCCGACUCUAGUUCUAAUAAUUCCAAUUCAAGGCGUUUGAAGGAUGUGGCUCCUCCUCCACUUGAUCUCUCACCAGUUUCAUUACCAAGAAACAGCAUUGCUGCAGAAUGGCGAGAGUUCCUUCGUCCUUCUUCCUCCUCAAACAACCGAGCUGAAUCAAUUAGUGCGGCCUACAAUGAGUCAACAAUUGAAGCACAAGAAAGAUCACAUGAAACGCCUCAAAAUCCAUCAGAUAAUAUUUUUGGAUCAUGCAGUCCGCUGGCUAAUUUCCCUCUAUCGCCUGCUUCUUUUGCAUGGUGCUCUUCUAUUCUUCUGAGCCCUGGCACGCUUGCUUCACCAAGCACCGUUCUCUAG